AUGGCUCCAGGAUGUGAGACUUGGGGCUUUAUCUUAGGUGGUCACCAGCUCCACCAUUGCCCUUUAGCCACUGGAUGUGCCUGUGGGGAUCUGGUCCUCCACCGCAUGGGGGCGCUAUUUCUUGGUGGCCGCAGUCAUGCUCCUUACAAUAGAUCUGUCUGUCCCUGGGCUUCCCUGGUGAUUGAGUUGGUUAAGAAUCUGCCUGCAAUGCAGGAGACCUGGGUUCAAUCCCUAGAUUGGGAAGAUCCCUUGGAGAAGGGAAUGGCUACCCACUCCAGUAUUCUUGCCUGGAGAAUUCCAUGA